AUGGCGGCCGUCGACGAGCAGACGCUCCUCCACGACGUGGAACAGCGCUUCCUGCGCCUGAGUCAGAAGCUCGAGGCCUGCGAGAAGGAGCGCGACGAUCUGCGCGCGUCCCAGGGCAAGUCGGACGAGCAGAUCUCGGCCCUCACGCUCAGCCAGAGCGCGGCCCUCCGGGGCGAGGCCGACGCGUCGGAGAAGCGGUCCGCCGCCGAGCGCGAGGCGAGCCGCCUCGACGCGGCCUACAAGGCCGCGCUGGAGCGCGCGGAGCGCGCGGAGCUCUCCGCGUCGGCGGCGGCCACGGGCCGCGCGGCCGCGGAGGCGGAGCUCGCGGGCGCGCGGUCCGAGGCGCGCGCCUUCGAGCGGCGCGCGGCGUCCGCCGAGGCCGCCCAGACCGGCGCGGCCCUCGCGUCGGAGCGCGCCGCGUCCGAGCGCCGGGCCUUGGAGGACCACGCGGCCUGGCUCCAGUCGGAGCUCGACGCGCGGACCAAGGAGCUCCGGGACCGGCGGCGGUCCGGCGCGAGCCAGCUCAGCGAGGCCGAGGGCGCCCGCGCGUCCGCCGGCGCCGAGGCGGCGAAGCUCCGGGCCCAGGCCGAGGCGCUCAAGGCCGCCGAGACCCGGAGCGCGGCCGCCGCGGACGCCGCGGAGCGGAAGCUCCGCGACGCGACGAAGGCGCACGCCGAGGCCGUCGCGCGCUACGAGGGCGACCUCGCCGCCGAGAAGCGCCUCGCCGUCGCCCUCGUGGACGAGGCGGACGCGGCGGCGCGCGACCGCGACGCCUUCGAGGAGACCGCGAAGAAGGCCGAGGCGUCCGAGGCGGCGCUGCGCGCGAACUUGGACGCCGAGGUCGCGCGCCUCAAGGCGCGGAGCGACGAGGUGCUCGCCGAGGCCCGGGCGUCGGCCGACGCGCGGUUGAAGGAGACGGAGGCGGAGCUGGCGACGCAGACGGAGCGCGCGGAUCUGCUCGAGGCCCGGGCCGGCGGCGCGGCGUCCGCGCCGCCGGCCGACGCGGGCCCCGCGGCCAUGUACGAGCGCGCCGUCGACGCCGAGCGCGCCGCGGAGCGCGCGCGCGCCGAGCUCAAGCGCAACGAGCUCUACCUCGAGCGCGUCGCGCGCGAGGUGGAAAAGAAGGCCGAGGUCUUCGACCGCGAGGUCGCGGCGCGCAAGUCCGCCGUCGCGGCCUACGACGCGCUCGCGAUCAAGCACCACGGCGCGCUCCAGGAAUUGGAGCAGUCGAAGACGGACGCGGCGGCGGCGCUCAAGCGCGCGCGCGAGGAAAAGCACGAGCGGUCGGACCUCGAGCGGUCGAAGCGCGACCUGGCGCUCCAGGUGCAGGAGCUGCUGCGCGUGCGCACGGGCAAGUCGCCGUCGGGUUUGGUGGAGGCGCGGCUGAAGAAGAACUCGGCGGAGGAGCAGGCGCUCGGCGAGCAGCUGGUCGUCUUCGACGACGUCGCGGGGCUGCAGCAGCGCAACGAGCAGCUGCUGCGCGUCGUGCGCAAGCUCGCGGCCGAGGCCGAGGCGAAGAAGCUCGAGGAGGCCGAGGGCGAGACGUCGGGCGCGCUCGAGCAGGCCCUGAAGGAUCUGGAGGACCUCAAGUCGAAGCGCGAACAGCAGGAGACGAUGGUCCGCGCCGUCGUCGCGCAGCGCGACUCCUACCGGGACCAGCUCCGGGCCCGCGGCGAGGUCGCGGCCAUCGUCGCCGCGCCCGCGGCGGCCGCGUUGACCGCGGACCCGGCGGCGGCCGCGCUCCGGAGGGCCGAGGUCGAGGCGGAUCUCGAGGCGGCGGCGCGCGAGCGGGACCUCGCGAAGCAGGCCACGGCCUUCGCGCGCGACGCGGAGCUCGCGGCGAAGCGCGAGCUCGCGGAGGCGCGCGCCGCCGAGGGCCGGCUCCGCGGCGACUUGGAGUACGAGCGGUCGCGGACGCAGCGAUUGGAGUCGUCGGCGGAGGCGAGCCGCCUCGGCGAGCAGGCGGCUCUAGCCGAGGCCGCGGGGCUCCACCGCCAGCUCGACCGCCGGACCGACGACCACGAGAAGCUCGUCGAGGACAAGGCCGCGUGGAUGGACGAGAAAGCCGACCUCGCUCGCGCGAAAAAAGCCGCCGACGACGCGCUCGACGGCGCCCGGGCCGCGAAGCAGGACGCCGAGGCCAAGGGCGAGGCCCUCAGCCGCGAGAACGACAAGCUCGUGGCGGCCCUCGACGGCGUGCGCAAGUUGGAGAACGCGCUCGACGCGAAAUCCGAGGCCGAGGUCACGUCGCUGCGGAGCCGCCUCGAGGCCGCGGAAAACCAGCGCGGCGCCGCGGCCCAGGAGCUCGCGCUGAGCCAGGAGACGCACCGCGUCAAGUUCAAGGCUUUGGAGGCCGACGCCGCGGCCGCGCGCGACGAGGCCAAGGCCGCCGAGGCGCGGUGCGCGGACGCGCGCGAGGCCGCGACGAAGGCGCAGGCCGAGAAGGACGGCGCCGAGCGCCGCCUGGCCGACGCGUUGCGCUCGGUGCCGCCGUCGUCGGCGCCGGCGUCGAGCCCCUUUGUCGAGGCGCGCGCGGCGCCGGCCGCCGCCGACGCGGACGUCGCUUUAACGGCCGUGCUCCGCGCGGACGCGGACGCGUUGCGCGCCGAGCUCGAGACGGCGUCGGCGGCGCGCGACGCGGAGCGGGGCCACGCGGACACGUUCCGGCGCAUCGCCGCGGCCCACGAGGCCGCCCUCGCCGAGGCCACGGCCGCCGCGGACGCGACGAAGGCCGACUUCGCGGCCGCGAAGCAGGACCUCGAGGCCAAGCUCGCGGCCGCGUCCAAGAAGGAGAAGGACGCGCGGGCCGCCGAGGUCGCGGCGCAGCUCAAGGCCGACGGCCUCCAGCACGACCUCGACGCCGCGCGCGGCGACGCGGCGCAGUCCCAGGCGGAGCGCGACGGCGCGGCCGCCGCGCGCGACGACGCCGUCGCCGCGCGCGACGCGGCCGCGGCCGACGCGGACCGCGCGGCCCAGUCCGCGGCGACGGCCCGCGACGCCUACGAGCGCGAGCUCGGCCUCCACGCGGCCCACGUCGCCGCGCUCAACGCGGCGACCGCCGCGUGCAAGGCCGCCGUCGCCGAGCGCGACGCGCUCAAGAAGGCCGCGCCCGCCGCGACCCCGGAAGCGCCCGCGCCGGCGCCCGCCGCCGUCGACGACGAGGCGGCGAAGCGCCUGGCGGCCCUCGAGCGGCAGAACGAGCUGCUCCACGCGCAGAUCGCCGUCGCGUCGUCGACCGUCGAGCGGUUGCAGCGGCGCCGCGGCGACGACGCGCUCGCGGGCGGCGGCGACGCCGCCGCGGGCGCCGAGUCCGACGCCGAGGCGCGCCUGCGCGAGCUGCGCGAGGUCGUCCUCUUCGUGCGCCGCGAGAAGGAGCUGGCCGAGGCGAAGCUCGCGGUGUCGGAGCGGACGCGAGGCCGCGCCGAGGCGCGCGCGCAGACCUCCGACGACGCCCUGGCGACCGUGCGCGUCGAGCGCGACGCCCUGCUCGAGCAGCGCGACGCCGGGCCCGGCGGUCUGGGCGAGCACGCGCAGAACGCGGAGCGCGCGCGCGCGGAGCAGGCGAGUUUGCUCCGGGAAUCGAACGCGUCCCUUCGCGCGGACGCCGCGAAGCACAAGGCCGCCGCCGAGGCCCUCCGGGCCCAGCUCGACAAGGUCCACGCGUCCCACGUCGAGCCCAAGCACAAGCUCGUCGCCCAGCUCAAGGCCCAGGUCGCGACGAAGGAGCAGGAGCGCGCGUCGCACGAGCGCGACGCCAGCGCCUGGCGGAAGCGCGUCGACGCGCUGCUCUCCAAGGUCACGGAGAAGAUCGACGCCGACGAGUACCGCGCCGUCGAGGAGAAGCUCCGCAAGGCCGAGGACCGGCUCGCCGACGCUACCGAGGCCGCGGCGGCCGCGAAGCGCGAGCUCGCGGCCGCGACGACCAAGAUCGAGUCGCUGGACGCGGCGCACGCGCGCGACGCCGCGGCGGCGGCCCAGCGCUACCUGCGGUCCCUGCGCGCCGACGGCCUGCACCGCCGGUCCCUGACGGACGCGGCGGCGGCGGCGGAGAAGGUCAAGGCGCGCGCGGACGCCGCCGACGCGUCGAACGUCGCUCUCAAAGACGAGCUCGUCCGCGCGGAGGCCAAGGUGCGCAAGGCCGCGGGCAUGAUGCGCCAGUACAAGGCCCAGAACGCGGCGCUCCAGGUCAAGGUCGACGCCGUGCCCGCGGCGCCGCCGGCCGCGGCGGUCGCGGUCCCGGCCGCGCCCGCGGCGCCGGCCGCGGCGCCCGCGCCCGCGGCGCCCGCGGCCGCGGCGCCCGCGCCCGCCCCCGCGCCCGCGCCGGCGCCGCCGACGGCCGUCGCGAAGAAACGCGCCUUACCCGUCGCGGCCGCGCCCGCGGCCGCCGCCGCGGCGCCGGCGCCCGCGACGGCGUCGGCGCGCAAGAAAGCGAAGCGCGCCGCGCCCGCGCCGGCCCCGGCCGCGCCCGCCGCCGAGCCCGCGGACGCCGCCAAGCCCGCGGCCGCGGCCAAGCCCGCGGCCAAGCCCGCCGCGGCCGCCAAGCCCGCGGCCACCAAGGCGUCGCCCGCGGCCAAGGCCGCGGCCAAGCCCGGCGCCGCCAAGGCGUCGCCCGCCGCCGCCAAGAAGCAAAAGGCCACGGAGGCCGCCGCGCUGCGCGCGAAGCUCCUCGCGUUGCAAAAGUCGAACGCCGAAGCGAAGAAGACCAUCGAGGAAAAGAAGGCGGAGCCCGCGGACGACGGCGCCGCGUCGCCGCCGCCGCCGGCGGUGCUGAGCCCCCUCGCGCCGACCUUCGUGCCCGUGCUCAGCCCCGUCUUCCCGCCCGCGGCGCCGCCGGCCGAGGACGCGCGGCCCAAGGCCGUCAGCGACGUCGACCGGCGCAAGGCGCGCGCGGCGCGCUUCGCCGGCGGCGCCGCGCCGGCGCCCGCGCCCCCGGACGACGACGACGAGGACCUCUAG